UCAGUGACCAUGGAUUAUUUUUCAAAUACUAGUAAUAUAACAGACAAUGUCAUUUCACGCCAGCGUGUGGACCAUAUGGUCGCUAGCAUCAUGGUUCCUAUAAUGUGCAUCUUGGCUGUCGGAGUAGCUGUGACGAACGUAGCAACCAUUGUUGCUUUUAAGAGGACCGAUCUACGAGAAGCUCCACACUAUCUAGCGGUGAACAUGGCUGUCUCCGACAUCGGUCUCGGCAUGUACCCGUUCUACCUCGCUCCGGCUAUCCUCGGCGACAUGCCGAAGCCGUGCUGCAUCUUCAUACUGUUCGUGAUGAACUUCUUCGGCAAGAUCUCCUACACGAACCUGCUGCUGAUCACCGUGGACCGCUACCUGGCCGUCACCCGGCCGAUGCACUACUACCAGAUGGUGACGGUCGCGCGCAUCAAGGUGCUGCUGGUGUUUACGUGGCUGUGGGGACUCGCGCUCAGCAACGCCGUGCUCGUCGGCGAGCGCUGGUUCCCGGAGAGCGGCUGCUCGUACGAGCUCGUCGUCGGCAAGGGCGCCAUCUACUUCGGCACCGCGCACAUCUCCGCCGACAUGGUCAUCAUGUUCGCCGUCUACUCGCGGCUCGCCGUCAUUGCUUACGGACACUGGAAGGUGGAGCCGACGGUUGCCGGCGGCAGCGCACUCACCAAGCACCUCAAGCUGACGAAGGUGUUUCUCGUCGUCGUCGUCUCGUUCGUAGUCUGCUGGAGUCCUUUCUACGUACUGACGCUGCUGGAGAUCACUGACAACUAUGCGGAUAGAGUCGGCAUCGUUCGUUACACACUCUACUGUCUUCCCCUCGUCAACCUGCUCUCGAAUCCUCUGAUUUACGCGUGGAAGAUACCAGCGUUUAGUAAAGUAUUCAAGGCUAUUUUCAUGUGCAAAUAUGUGUCUGCAGAGAGGCAAAUCACAGAUGGUGAUCAUCGGUCAGCAAUUUCUAAUACAAGUAAUCAGCUGCGAGCAAAAUAAAAAUUGAAAAUAUACUCUGUAGGAAAAUGUGUGGCAUACAUAUUUUGGAAAACCAUUUUCUAUGAACAGAAAACUGUUAAAGCACAAUUCAUCUACUAUAUUCCUAGCAUAUAUGCUUUUUA